CCCCGCGGGGUCAAUGGUGGCUGCGGUGGGGUAUGGUGCGCACGUCGCUGUAGCGGCCCUGCUCUGUUGAGGGGCCCGGCCGAGGGGAAGAUUGCCAAUUCUUCAGAGCAGGGACUACCUUUUACCAUGUGUUUGUACAGCACCUAACACAUUGGGUCUGGUAUUUGCUGGUAUAAUACAAAUAAUAAAUAAAUUGACAACUGCCAACUCCUGCUGAAGUUGAUAUCAGGCUCAGCUCUUCAAAAGAUUGAACCCAUAGUGAUAAGAGAAAGGCUGUUCCACAAUGGAUGGAGGAGAUGGCACUGCUGACCUUGUAAUUAACAAAAGAUUUGUGUCUGAAUCGGAGCUAGAUGAGCGGCGGAAGAGAAGACAGGAAGAAUGGGAGAAAGUUCGAAAACCCGAGGACCCAGAAGAAUGCCCAGAGGAGGUGUAUGACCCACGAUCACUAUAUGAAAGACUCCAGGAACAGAAAGACAAGAAACAGCAGGAGUUUGAGGAGCAGUUUAAAUUCAAAAAUAUGGUAAGAGGCUUAGAUGAAGAUGAGACAAAGUUCCUCGAUGAGGUUUCUCGGCAACAAGCGCUAAUAGAAAAGCAACGAAGAGAAGAUGAUCUGAAAGAACUAAAUGAAUACAGAAGCACUCUCGCCAAAGUGGGCGUCAGCACGGACCCAAAGAAGGAAGCAGAGAAGAAACUCACUGUGAAAUCAGUAGAAAACAAGAACAAGUUCUCUCAGGCAAAGCUGUUGGCAGGAGCUGUGAAACACAGAAGUUCAGAAGGCGGUAACAGUGUGAAGAGACUGAAACUAGACACCGACAACGACAAGAAUCAAGAAAAGCCAGCUUGUGUUCCACUCGGGAGCAGCUCCGUGAGUGGCUCUGCGGUCCACUGCCCCUCCGCAGCUGUGUGCAUUGGCAUCCUCCCAGGCCUUGGCGCCUACUCGGGAAGCAGCGAUUCUGAGUCCAGUUCAGAUAGCGAAGGCACUAUUAACUCCACCGGAAAGAUUGUCUCCUCGGUCUUUCGUAGCAACAAUUUCUUUGAUGGGCCAUAACAUAAAAUCCCUCCAUGUCAAUGUAGCUUGGAAAGAUAGCUUAUGCCCUAGAGGGUGAAAUAUGCAUCCUUUCUCCCCCAGGAUACCCUUCCUAGCUAACCUCUCAAGAUUAACCUUCUGGGUACCCUCACAUAAUACCAAAAUAAUCAACCGAUGUUCUCUUUCCACAAAGCUUCUUCCAUUUCUGAGGUGCAUACGAGCCUGUUUGAUAGGUUUCUACUCUAAAACAUUGAGGGAAAAUACUGCUAUUGUAACCAAGAUGCGGGGUGGGGGGAAUGCAGGAGAAAGCCUUCUCUUUUAAAGUUCUUAUGGAAAGAAAGAUUUUCCUGGUGAUUGAAGAUGGGUUUUGUUUUGUUUUGUCAUGACCAGAGGCUAAAGCAUUCACUUGCAGCACCAAAGGCUUGUAAAAAUGGCCAUGUGUUCUGUUUUUAAAAUGUCACUUUUUAUUCUGUAUUUGAGAAGUGGCGGCAGAAUAAAAUCAAGCAGAUGGUGGAAAUGUAGAUUGCCAUGACACUGUAAAGAAGUUUGUGUGACAUGAUUAAAGAAAUUCUGAAUGCAUUUUUA